AUGUCUGGUCAGCCAUUCACUUUUCCGCCUCCGCCUCCCCCGCCGCCCAAACGCGCAGACCAGAAAGCUGCAACGAAUGGAGGAGGCUGGGGAGACAAUCGCAACAAUUAUGGCCAGCCUGUGCGCGGCAGAGGUGGCGGAUUCGCCCGCGGCCAGAGUCGCGGCUCAUACAACGGCGGACGAGGCGGCAGAGGGGGAUCCCAUCGAGGAGAAUAUCGUGGCGGCGACGGCGGAGGGCGUGGAUCCAUCGCGAGAGGAAACUUCCACCGGACUUCGAUUCAUGGCACUGGCCGUGACUUUCAGGAUCGAGGCCUAACAGAGUCCUCGACCGGGCCAAAAUUUCAACAUGGAAAGCGAGAUCAUUCCACCGCAUUCGAUCGAGAUGCGUUGAGGCGUGCCAGACCGCCUGCAGCUCCCGCAGUCCCGAGCUUUACUGCAAGUCUAGCGGAUAUUCUGCCACCGAAGCCCGCUUUACCCGAAGUCGAGGCGAGAGAGAUUAAAGCGCCGCCGAGAAAGAAGAACAAUACCCUAGGCUUGACGCCGGCUGCCAACGAUAGCGAGUCCGAAGACGACGCUGGUGAGGAGAGCAAGCUUGCAGCGGUAUCUGACCCACGGCUAUUGCAAUUCGAGUACGGAGGGCAGACGGCAGCGCUGCGAACACCGGCUGAAAUCGCAGCAUGGGUCGCCGAGAGAAAGCGUCGAUAUCCCACGCAGGCGAAGCGAGACGCUGCGAAGAAAGAAGCAGACGAGAAGCGGAAGAAGUUUCAGGAUGAGAAGGCAGCAAGGACUGCGGCAAUGCAGGCGACAAAGCGAUUCCGAGAACAGAAACAGGCGCAGACAGGUACCAAGCCGCAAGCGAAGACGCAGGAGUACAAGGAGACUGCAUUGCUUGCGGCGCAAUUGCAUGCCGAGAAAUUGCGUCGCAAAGCACUCAAAGCACAGCGUGAUCUGGAGGCGGCUGAGGCGGCACUCAAGGCUGGACUUGAGGCGAGUAGUAAGCCGGCGGACGUGUCUGACGAUGACUCUCUUGGAUCGAUUAGUAGUUCGUCCGAGUCUGAGGACGAUAGCGAAUCCACCUCAGACAGCGACGACGAUACACCGCCCGACACUGCAAGCACUAAGACACAGGUCCCUGCUAUGUCUGUGCAACCAUCCCAGAAGAAGUCGCGACUGUGCAGGGAUUUCAUACGGACAGGAAAGUGCAGACGAGGUCACAGAUGUACAUUCUCUCACGACCGUUCGAAAUUGCCAGAAUCUUUGAAGAGGCCUGAGGAGAAGUCAAAGCGGAAGGGGCUCUAUCAGGUCAUGAUUGAGCAGGAACAGGAGAAGGAGCGGAAGAAGGCGCUUUCAAUGAUCAUCUCGCUCGGCAAGCAAGGCUUGCUGGACGAGAGUUGA